AACCGAAUACCAAUAAACAUUUUUGCCGAAAAUUGAUAAAUUUAUAAAGUGUUAUAAUAUGGUGUAUAUGGUUCAGAAACAAAGAAAAUGAACGUUAAUAAAUUAAUAUUUUCAUGCUUUAUAAAUUCUAUUAAGUUUAAGGUUCUGUUUACCAAAAGGAAAAACAAGUUUAGAAUAUUUAAUACAAAUUUAGCACUUUCGUUUUUAUGGACAUCCAGUAAAAUCGACGACAUGAGAAAAUCUAGUGCAGACUCGUUAUUAACAACAUUAGAAGCAGCUGAUAAAAUGUAUGAAACUGGAAAGUAUGAAGAAUGCUAUAAUUUUCUUAGCAAUAGUCAGGAUAUAAAUAAUAUUGAAAUUAAGUGGCGCAUAUGUCGUGCAAUAUACAAUAUGACAAAGGAAGAUAGAUGUGACAGAAACACGAGAAAGACUUUAAUUUUCAAAGCACAUGAUACAAUCAAGAAUGAACUAAAUAGUCAUCGGGAUAAUCCAAAUGCACAGAAAUGGUAUGCUUUAAUAUUGGAUGCAAAAAGUACAUGCGAAGGAAGAAAAGAAAAAUUAGAACAGCUUAACACCAUAAAGGAGCAUAUGGAUUUAGCAGCAGAACUAAAUCCAAAUGAUGCAAGCUUAUUGCACAUGCUUGGAGAACUUUGUUAUCAAGUCUUAGAUAUACCAUGGUAUCAGAGAGUAACAAUUGAGUUAUUGUAUUUAAAAUUGCCUCAAUAUACUUACGAAGAUGCACUUGAAUACUUUUUGAAGGCUGAAACUGCACAGCCCAGAUUUUACAGUGUAAACCUUCUAAGGAUAGGUUGUUGUUACAUGAAAAUAAAUAAACAAGAUCAAGCAAAGUAUUAUCUAAAGCUCGCAGCUAGUUACCCUGCUAAGUUACACUAUGAUCAUCAAGCUAAAAGAGAGGCUGCUGACUUGUUAAAAAAAUACUAUUAAAUU